AUGUGCAGGGGCAGCACCAGCCCAGCGAAGCUCCCCACGCCUUUCGUGGAAAACCUCUUCGCUUGUCAGACUGACAAGCCUGCGGGGAAAACGCAGUCGCAGCUCCAGGUUCAAGUAGCUGGGGACGACACGAGCGAGUGUGAUUAUAACGGGAGUGAUUGCGACGACAGCUGCUCUACCGACUCCACCUUUUCUUGCCUCUCCCCUCGCUCCUCCGUAUCUUCCGCCGCUGGUUCGCUUUCUCCCACUUCCGUGCUUCGAAGCGGCGCUUCCGUCGCUUCUUGGAAUACGGUUGAGCUGUAUAACGCGGAUGUUGCGGACGACGUGGGGCCAGCGGAUAGCGAAUCUGAUGCUGACGAGAUUAAUCUGCCCGACGACCUCGACCUCUAUCCUCGCGAAAACUCGUCCGGUAUCGCGCACUCGCAACUCGCAGCUUUCGCGAACAGCAACGUGUCUUCCGACAGCAUUCUGGGUCGGCCCGCAUUUCCCCCCGCUGCUGUCUCCACCCCCGCCCCUUACCUUGCGCCCUCGCCCGCGCCUCUUGCGCGCGUCUGCGGAUCUGCCGCGUCCCCCCCGAACCCGCAAGUGCAGUAUCAGCAGCACCAACAGUUGAUGCAGCAGCAGAUGAGCCUGUACUGGCAGCAGAUGUACCUGAACCAGAUGCACCUGCAGCAACUGAUGCACCUCCAGCAGCAGCAGCAGCAGCAGCAGCAGCAAAGGCAGCAGCAGUGCGCGGCACCGCAGCAGCCACAGGAGGAGUCCCCGCGGGUUUUCCUUCCGCCGCGCUUCCUUCCCCAGCAGAACACCGCGGGCACGGGGGUCUUCCUCCCGCCCACCCGCGCUUGA